CAAGAGGCUGGCACACGGGCUGGUGGGCGCCAUGCUCGCUGCGCUGCUGCUGUUCGUGGUCCUCCUAACUGUCUUUGUCGGCAGGUCGCAGAGAAAACGGCGCAGGCAAAAGUACGAUUUCUCUCAAGAAUGGCCGAAAGAAAGCUUUCUUGGGACCUUCCAGAGCACUGGUGUCUGGGAAGGUCCACUUUCAGAGGCCCAAGGUGGUGACAGCGGCUCCCUGAGAGGGACAGUGGCGUCCCCCUCACCUGCAGUCCAGAUGGGGACAAGAAAGUAACCACAGAGGGUACCACAGGUGUCCGCGGCUGGUCAAGAGGCGGCGGGCGUCAGGCCCUGGAGCCCAGCACUCUUCCCUGAGGUCUACAGGGAACAGAUUUGGCCUUUGCUUGCCUGCCAGGACCC